AUGAAUAAUAGUAACAAAAGUAAUCUCGACGUUCCAUUACAGCCUUUCGGGAGUCUACUCUCGCUAGCAGACCUACCUACUCACUUACCUAAUACCAUUCCGGUAAACCCUCCACCAAAACCAGAGGUACUAAAUUCUCGACCUGCACAUAACGUUACACGUACAAGUGAUGACCAUGUAGUACACCACCACACUAACGAUGAUGAACUGACCAAUGCCGCUGAUAAUACCAAUCUAGCAAGUACUGAAGCCACUGUAGACCAAACGGUAAUUCUGGAAGAAUUAGAUACACAUGUAGUUACGGAGAAGGAGAAAAUAUGCAUCGCCGGUACAUCGAUUACGCUUGACACAGAGGAAGACAUUCAGAAAUGGAUCGAAGAGAGAAAGAAAAGGUGGCCGACCAGGAAGAAUAUAGAAGAAAAGGAAAAAGCUCAAAAGGAUAAGUUGCACAACCAGCAGCAGCAUACAUCUGGAGAUCCAAACAACAAACGUGCUAGAGAUAACAACGGCACUAACUCACUCCUUCAAGACAAGAAAAGGCAGAAGAGGAUUUGUCAUUUCUACCAGCAGAAUAAGAAAUGCAGAUUUGGAGCAAAGUGUAAGAACGUUCAUGAGCAAUCUGAGAGCUCUUCUUCUACUUUUGACAGAGCAGUCACUGGUAAUAGAACGAAAGUGAACCUGGGUCUGUUACCGACUUCAAAUGCAUGCGUAGUCAAGACCAUCAAUGAUAUCCAAGUCAACAUACCUCAAAGGUUCAAGAGCGAAUUUUAUAACACGAAUCCCAAUUCCGGAACCUUGUUUAAAAUGUUGGUUCAAAAGGACCAUUAUGAGAAUGAUAAUGAACUGAUCUUACAGUUCUUGGAAUACUUGGAUAAGAAGAAAUUGGUAGACCACAGCGUGAAGCUAUAA